AUGAGUCGUAUUCGGGUUCAGCGUCAAAUGUUCAUCCUGGGAGACUUUGUUUUCGCCAAGAUACACGGCUACCGCCACUGGCCCGCCCGCGUCCUGGGCCGCUAUGGCACCGUCUCCAAGCUCAAGUAUAGAGUUUUCUUCUACGGAACUUGCGACACCGCCAUGGUGCCCUCGUCGCAUGUCUUCGAUUUCAUGAAAAAUAAACGGCACCUGGGCGGCCGGCAUGAAAAGCAUACGGUGCGCAACGCCGACUUUCGCAGUGCAAUGGCGGAAAUAUUGAGGGCAAUCGCAAGGCCCGAGAACGACUUUGCAUAUUACCAGGUGCUGGCGCAGGCGAAGGAUGAGGGCAAGACCUGUGUCCCCUACGAAAUGCUACCGCCGGCCACGGAGUCUGAGUCGGAGACGGCCUCCGAAGAAGAGGAUUGCGAAGGAUUUGGAAGAGCAGGACAACGCAGAGCCGAUAUCACGCACCCUAAAUGA